GAACACGAAGAUUGUCGCGAUAUUUCCAAGUCGGGUUAAAGUUGAUGCAUGUUAUGGCCAUGUGUAGUUUGGCCAUACCACAGACUUUGACUUACGUGGAAAUUAUAAGCGUAUUCGCUUGAGGACUUUUUAAAGGUUUCCUCCAUUUUCCACGGUAAACUCUAAGUCUUCGUGCUGCUACUUUGUUAGCUUCAUUUUUGAAUCACAGACGUUAGGUUGCUUCGUUGCUUAGCAUAAUGUUCUAAUGAUGGAUUAGCCCAACAUGUUAAAAUUCAGACCACUGUCGAGUGCCUUAUUGAACCAUAAACUGAAGUCAAGAAUCAGCGGUUACCUAUUUAAACUCAGGUGCACGAUGAGUGAAGCGUCAAAUGAUGUGCCAGAGGCCAAACAGAUGAAAAGAGGCCAUGAAGAGAAUGAAGAUUCUACAGAGAGGCUGCAGAAUAUAAAAAGAAUUAAAGCUCAGGAGGAUAACGCUGAGAAUGAGAAGAAGUAUCCAAAAAAGAAAGUAGUCCUCCUCAUGGCAUAUUCAGGAAAAGGAUACUACGGCAUGCAGAGAAAUGUUGGAACCUCUGAGUUUAGGACCAUUGAAGAUGAGCUGGUCGCUGCACUAGUGAAAUCCGGCUGCAUUCCUGAGAAUCACGGCGAUGAAAUGAAGAAGAUGUCUUUCCAGAGGUGUGCAAGAACAGAUAAGGGAGUGUCUGCUGCCGGCCAGGUGGUGUCGCUAAAGCUACGGUUGAUGGAUAACGUAAUUGAGAACAUCAAUGAGCAUCUGCCCCCACAGAUUAAAGUGAUUGGUCUCAAACGGGUCACCCAGGGUUUUAACGCCAAAAACAACUGUGACGCUCGCACCUACUCAUACAUGCUUCCAACAGUAGCCUUUGCCCCAAAAGACUACGACACAGCAAGUGCAUCAGCCUUCCGCUUGGAUCCGGAGACACUUCCGAAGGUGAACCGUCUGUUCAGCACGUACAAAGGCACCCACAACUUCCACAACUUCACUUCUCAGAAGGCCCCAAGUGACCCCAGUGCUCGUCGCUACAUCAUGGAGAUGUCCUGUGGAGAGCCGUUCGUCCGAGGCGGCUCGGAGUUUGCGGUGAUCACUGUGCGAGGCCAGAGCUUCAUGCUGCACCAAAUACGGAAGAUGAUUGGCCUGGUGAUUGCAAUCAUGAAGGGAUAUGUGAACGAGGAUGUGAUCGAGAGGAGCUGGGGAGAGGAGAAGGUGGAUGUGCCAAAAGCUCCGGGAUUAGGACUUGUCCUGGAAAGAGUCCACUUUGACCGGUACAACAAGCGCUUUGGAGGAGAUGGGCUGCAUGAAUGCUUGGAGUGGGACGAGGAUGAAGAGGGAAUCAAAGCAUUUAAAGAGGCUUACAUCUACCCAACCAUUGUGGAGACAGAGUGCCAGGAAGGCUCCAUGGUCAGCUGGAUGUCCACGCUUCCUAUCCAUGACUUUCAGAACACAAUUAAUGGAAAUCGAGAUGAGGACCAGACACAGGACAACGCAGACGACGGGAAUGAGACAGACUAGGACCAAGUGCUUACCAUAUGAAGAGACACUUCCUCAGUGUCUUCCCUUUGUUAACAAACUGCUUUUUAUAUGGUCUAAAUGCCUGCCUUCUAAGACUGGUGUUUUCUUUUUAAUCGGUGAAAUUUGUGUUUCUCUUAUAAACAUGUUAUUAAACCGUACUUGACCAAAUAAUGGAACCUCUUGCAGUUUAUAAUUACCGUGUGCAUUACCUUGAGACUCCACAAGGGCAAAUGUCUGCAAACUCGUGUUACUAAUUUGGUAGCUUUUUAAUGGUGGGUUUGCAAUGUAUGAGUUAAAAUCUUUUAAAGUGCCCCACGAGUUUUGACAGUGGAAUGAAGAAAGAACUGUUGUCAUUUUUAAAGAUGGCUGGUUGGUUAUAUUAGAGUGUGAGACUGGCCUGUAUACAGUCACCAACUGUAUUUGUUGGAGGGCCAGAAUUCUUCUGGACAAACACCUGUGAAAUAAAAUAAAAAUCACAUUUCUGUAUUA